CUAGUUUGGGUGGGAUGCCAUGACAUGGUUGGGUAGUGAGCGUAAGGAAAGGCACCAGGGAACGAGGCGAGGGGCAUGGUAGUGUAGGCAGCCUGGUGAGGGUAGAAACGGCACCAGGCCGUAGUACAGUAGAAAGACACGCAGGAAACGACUUGAGGAGACCGGAAGGGGAGCUGUAGGGUGGUGGUGGUGGUGGAGAGAUUGACUGACCGAGAAAGAGAGAACGAGGGUGGGUUACGGUGGGUGCCCCUAUCUUUCGCGUCCCCCCUUCCCACCCCCGCCCCGCCCUUUCCUUCAAGAAACGGUCUCCACGCGAACUGUCAUAGAGGAAAGGGGGCUGACUGGUCUUUAGAGCACAAGGCGACACGGCCUUUUGAAUGCAGACACAAGAGGUGGAGGUGCCGGCAAGCAGCCGGCCCCCCACCAUAGCUCCAGAUCCGUCACCAUCUGCCUCCGAGCUACCCGUACCGACACAACUUCAGGUCCCGAGAGUAGUAGGUGGAGGGGGGACAUCAGCAACAUCGUCACAGCAGCAACCGCAGGUUGAGCUUCCAGGAGCGCAGCCUGUGAAUCAACCGAGUUUGCAGCAGCACCCUCAAUCACAGCAACAGGGAUCGCAGAUACAGGGGGCGCCACAGCAAGGGCAUCAGCAAAACAACCAACUGCAACAUAAAUUAGGUGUUAGCAAUAGUAGUAGUAGUAGUGGUGGUGGUGUUGCUUCUUCGGCGUCGUCUUCUACUGCGGCAUGGUCACAAUUCCCACCGCCUUCGGUUUUGCUUCAACAGCUGCAACUUCUCAGAGACUCUGGCCAGGCCAAUGACCCUCGGUUUAAGUCAUUAGUCGCCUUUCUUCAGGCUCAGCAGGCUGCUGGAAAUAGCCAAGGUGUUGGGAGCAUUGGUGGCAGCACUGGAGGAGGUCCUCCUGGAUCCCUCUCACCUUCAAUUCAGCUUAUAUCCCAACAGGAUGGGAAUCCCCGGAGCACAGGCGAUUCUCAAAUCACUAGCUUGGGUAACUCUGAUACUAAUCGUGGAGCUCAGGCACAUUCUCAAGCUGCAUACCUGCAGCAUGCGCUACUUUCUGCUCAGCAGAAAGCCCAAGUCAAUGCUUACAGCCAGCAGAAGGUCUCCAAGCUUUUGCAAACUGGUGCCACCAGGGAUUUUAACAGUGCGAACAACCUUAAUCUGCAGGAGUUGACGCAUCAGCAGCUGGCUGGAAGGCAAUUGCAGCAGCUAACACAACCUGGAAAUGUUGCUGGGGAUCAGACUAGUUCGGCUGAGAAGCCUAGAAAUCAAGCACGGCCCGGUAGUCAGCAAAUACCACGACCAGAUGCUACGACCCGUGCCUACCCUCAUGAAAGCUUGCCACGACCAAAUUCUGGACCUGUGCAAAAUAUACAAAACCACCAACAGCGUGUUCAGAAUAAUGUAAGCACUCCGUUUAGUGGUAUGGCACCUCCUUCACAGCAAAUUCCUGGUAGUUCCGCUUUGUCUGCCAACACACCGCUUUCUCCUCAAGCUCAAAGUCGUCCACAGUUCUUACCUCAGUAUCAAGCACAUGUACAAGCUAUGCAAAAUUCAGCUGGCCAAGGUGGGAUGGUGAUGUCUCAGAUCAGACCGACUUCAGUGUCUGGUCCUCAGCUGACCACAAGUGUGGACCAGAGCCGGGUUGGAGCAGGGGGAGGAGCUCCGAUUCUAAUGACAUCAAGUGGCCUCCAAUUAGUUGGAUAUCCCAAUGCGGUUCCUUUGUCUAUUUUCUACCAAGGAAUGCAUAGCGGCAGCACUUCGAUUCCUGUUGGAAGUGCCCCCGAAACAAAUCCCAGUUUUGUAUUAUAUCAUAACCCGGCUCAAGGUGGAGAUGCCAGGACACAAUCAAGUGCAAGUUUACAACCCAAUACGGGUUCUGUGAUUAGUACAUUGCCUUCAUUAAAGCCUUCAAAUGCAGAGUCUGGUGCUGCAGAGGCAACCGACAGACCUAGCAGUGGGUCCACUCAACCCGUUCAACCAACAGCGCAGCCGCAGGUUUCUAGACCAAGCUUGCCGUUGGGCAGUGCUGAAGGUUUUGGUAUUGGUCAACAUUCUAGACAUCCUCCAGCUCCGCAACAGCCAUCGAGUUUUGGUUUUAGCAAAUAUCAGCUUACUCUCCUUCGAAAUCAGAUACUGGCUUUCAAAAAACUUAGAGCAAGGAAGCCUGGAGAAGUGGUAAUUGCGGAGGAAAUAAAGCGUCUAAUCAACCCCCCGAUUCGAUCAUCACUACAUUCCUCUCAGUCGUCGGCUGCAGCUCGCCUUAAAGAACAACCACCAGCCUCUCAUGCCAUCGCUGUGAAGGGACCUGAGCUUCCAGGAAAAGUUGCUUACGACCCUGCUGCAAAAGAUGAGUAUAAGACAAAGGAAUUGUCGGCAAUUAAAACCUCCAUGGUUUCAAAGGAAUCGGAUACCAGAGAAGGGGCUGCCAAAGUGGCAGACACUCCUCCAGUUUCUAAUUUGCAGACUAUCGACAAUGGAGACGCUAAGGGUGCUUCGAGUGUAAAGCAUGAAUCUUCUCAAGUCAAUCCUGAACGAGGAAAACAAGAGGGUUCUGUGAAGACAGAGGUUAAGGAAACUAAGUUGAACAAGGUCGAUACUAGCAGAAUAUCCGGGCCACUUGCUACUGCUAACUCAACAGGCAGUAAGACGGGCCCUCCUGCUACCUCGAUACCACUCGUUGCUCAAAAGGUUUCACCAGUCAAAAUUACUCCUUAUCGCGGUCCACUCUUCGAUUUCCCUGCUGUCAGUAGAAGAGUCGAUGGAGCUGCACUUUUAUUAACACCUCAAGCAAGCCUUUGGGGCCAGCCAGUUUCGCUUGGUUACAAAGUCCGUGAACUUGUUUUGGAGGAAGGGGUGCGUGCAAUUGAUAAGAAGAGAGUUGAAAAGCUUGAAAUAAUCUCGGAUCUUUUGACCACAAGGAAUGGAAAGAAGCUAUUGCAGUCCUUUCAGAUUGUGAGGCUUCGUAUCGAGGAAAAGAAACUACGGCUGUUGGAGCUUCAACAUCGUGUUAGAGAUGAAGUGGAGGAGCAGCAACAAGAGAUAAUGGCCAUGGGGGAGCGGGCUUACCGGAAAUUUGUUCGUCUUUGUGAAAGGCAACGAAUGGAUCUUACUAGACAAGCGAUGACGCUACAAAGGACCACGCGUGACAAGCACUUGAAAGCCCUAAUGCAGUGGCGAAAGAAAUUACUAGAGUCACAGUGGUCAUCCAGGGACGCUCGUGUUACUAGGAACAGAGGUGUUGCGAAGUAUCAUGAACGAAUGCUCAGAGAGUAUUCAAAACGAAAGGAUGAAGAUCGCAAUAAGAGGAUGGAAGCUUUGAAGAACAAUGAUGUUGAUGCCUACAGAGAGAUGUUGAAACAGCAACAGGGUCAGCUUAAUGGCGAUGCUGGAGAAAGAUUUGAGGUGCUGUCCUCUUUCUUAUCACAGACUGAAGAGUACCUGCAUAAGUUGGGGGGAAAGAUAUCUGCGGUUAAGAAUCAUCAGGAGCGAGAAGAAGCUGCUAUAGCAGCUGCAGCUGCUGCCAGAGCACAGGGUUACUCAGAGGAGGAAGCGCAGCAAGCAGCAAUUCGAGCAAGUGAAGAAGCUGAAGUCAAUGGUUAUGUUAACAGAAAUCCCCUCGAUUCCUCUGUAAAUAAAUAUUACAGUUUGGCUCACGCAGUGCAUGAGAAAAUUUAUAAACAGCCAUCAAUGCUUGCCGUUGGUGUCUUGCGAGACUAUCAAAUGGUGGGUUUACAGUGGAUGUUAUCAUUGUACAAUAACAGGCUGAAUGGCAUCCUUGCGGAUGAAAUGGGACUCGGGAAAACAGUGCAGGUAAUGGCACUUAUUGCUUAUCUUAUGGAGUACAAGGGCAACUACGGGCCCCAUCUAAUUAUUGUACCCAAUGCCGUUAUGGUUAACUGGAAGAGUGAACUUACGAGAUGGCUACCAUCCGUUUCUUGUAUAUAUUAUGUUGGGCAUAAAGACCAACGUGCCAAAAUAUUUUCCCAGGAGGUUUGCUCAAUGAAGUUCAAUGUGUUGGUUACGACAUAUGAAUUCAUUAUGCGUGAUCGAUCCAAAUUGGCAAAAGUGGAUUGGAAGUACAUAAUUAUUGAUGAAGCACAACGAAUGAAGGAUCGUGAAUCUCGUCUUGCUCGUGACCUCGACAGAUUCCGUUGCUCGCGGCGCUUGUUGCUUACGGGCACUCCACUACAGAAUGAUCUGCACGAGCUGUGGUCGCUACUUAAUCUACUACUCCCAGAAGUAUUUGAUAACAGCAAGGCAUUUCAUGAGUGGUUUUCAAAACCUUUUCAGAAAGAGGCUACUCUGAGUGAAGAAGACGAUUGGCUGGAGACUGAGAAGAAGGUUAUUGUUAUUCACAGGCUUCAUCAGAUUCUUGAGCCUUUCAUGUUGCGGCGUCGUGUUGAGGAUGUGGAAGGAUCUCUUCCUCCGAAGGUUUCUGUGGUUCUCAAAUGCAGAAUGUCCGCAUACCAGGCUGCAAUUUAUGAUUGGGUGAAAGCAACUGGGACCCUGCGUUUGGAUCCUGAUGACGAGGCUCAAAGGAUUGCUGGAAACAGCAAGAGACUUGCACGAGCCUAUGCUCCACUGCAGAAUAAGUGCAUGGAACUACGGAAAGUCUGCAAUCACCCUUAUUUAAAUUAUCCUCCAAGGUAUCAUAGCCAAGGUGAUAUGAUAGUACGUACCUGUGGGAAAUUGUGGAUUCUGGAUCGUAUCCUGGUGAAGCUGCAUAAAACAGGCCACCGAGUUCUGCUCUUCAGCACCAUGACUAGGUUGCUGGAUAUAUUAGAAGACUACUUACAGUGGAGAAGGCUCGUUUACCGCCGCAUUGAUGGGAUGACGACCCUUGAGGCUCGAGAAUCCGCUAUAGUUGAAUUCAAUCGGCCAAAUUCUGAUUGCUUUAUAUUCUUGCUUAGUAUUCGUGCUGCUGGCAGAGGUCUGAAUCUGCAGACAGCUGACACAGUUAUUGUGUACGAUCCUGACCCUAAUCCAAAAAAUGAGGAGCAAGCUGUGGCUCGAGCGCAUCGUAUCGGGCAAAAGAGAGAAGUCCGUGUCCUUUACAUGGAAGCUGUGGUAGAAAAUACCCCAAGUUAUGAGAAAGAAGAUGAGCUUCGGAGUGGGGGAUCCUUAGACCAGAAAGAUGAUGAAAUGGCUGGUAAGGAUCGAUACGUGGGUUCUGUGGAGAGCUUGGUACGCAACAAUAUUCAGCAGCAUAAAAUUGACAUGGCUGAUGAAGUCAUCAAUGCUGGGAGGUUCGACCAGAGGACCACUCAAGAAGAGAGACGACUCACACUGGAAGCUCUAUUGCAUGAUGAAGAAAGGUAUGAGCAGACAGUUCACGAUGUGCCUACAUUACAAGAAGUGAAUCGAAUGAUCGCAAGAACAGAUGAAGAAUUGGAACUUUUUGACAAGAUGGAUGAAGAAUGGAAGUGGGCUGGCGAUCUUCUUCCUCACCAUAAAAUUCCUAAAUGGAUGCGUAUUGGAUCCCGAGAAGUCAAUGCUGCCAUUGAAUCCACUUCUAAAGAGGCUAUGAAGAAGGGUUUCUUGGGAACAGUGGGCACGCAGGAAGCUGAAGACCUGGUUGCUUAUCAGGUGACGAAGGGACCUGUGGCUCCAAAAGCUCUUGAGAAACGCUCGAAGAGUACCAGCAGGUACAAGAACUAUCGAGAGGUGGAAAUUGACGAUGAUUUUUUCCCUGAAAAGGAGACUGAAGAGUUUGAAGAGGAUGAACGAGAAUCAAUUAUUGAUGAGGUAUUAACCGCCGAGAACACUGAUGAUGAGGAGGAGGUGGAACGAGGUGUCGAUGAAAGAGAUCAUCAAGAUGAAGAUAUGAGGGAUGCUGAAGAAGGGGAGGAGCUUGAAGAAGAAGAGAUUAUCGAAGAGGUUAUUGAGGAAGUUGAUGAUGACGAUGAAGAGGAAGAGGAGGAAAUUGAGCCAGACGAAGAUCUGGAAGAAGAGGGUGAAUUGGUUCCAGAAUUGUCUUUUGACGAAUGCGAGGUAUCUCCAGCGAAGCCUCAACGAGGAGCCGCCAUGAGCCAAUCGAAAAAAUUCGCUUCUUUAUCAGCAUUGGAGUCUCGCCCGGGUAGAGCAGAAGAGGGUGAUGAACUUGAGGAAGGGGAAAUAGCUGCAUCUGUUGAUUCCGAUCAACGGUCAGAAAGCUGGAUGGAAGGAAGGGAAGAAGUCGAGGUUGCUGAGGGUGAAGAGGACUACACCAUACAACCCCAGAAGAAAAGGAAACGCAGCCGCAGCCACCGGCGUACUGCUCAUGUGGAUGGGUUAGGCGAGAGAGAAAUCAGUAAUGGUUCUUUCAACGAAAGAGGAAUCCCUUCAUUUCCUUUCCGCUCUUUCACUACAGUGGAGCAGAAAUCCUUGCAAUUGUCAAACUUUGGGACGGUUGAACCUGCUCAAUCAUACGAUAAGGCAGACCAUUGGGGUGGCGCUUCUAAGAAAAGGAGCAUUAAUGUUCUAGAAGCCCAAGCACCGGCACGGCCUCGCAUUGUGUUCAAGCACAGCCGAGGUAAUGGGUUGCAGGAGCCUGUUGCUGAACCUGAUUUGGGAAGAGACAAUUGGACUGCCAGAAGUCAAGCAGGUUUGCUGGGUAGCUAUAGUGGUGACAAAGGUCGCCUUCCUGAGGGACAACAAAAGAAGUGCAAGUCUGUCCUCAGCAAGUUGCAUGGAGCAGUGAACAAAGAUGGCAGGCAGAUAGCUGCACUUUUCUUGGAGCUGCCAAAACGCAGCGAAUUACCGGAGUAUUACAAGGUUAUAGCCCGGCCGAUUAAUUCGCAUUCAAUUGAGGAGAAAUUGGAUCGUAUGGAGUACCCAAGUGUUCUGGAGUUCGCAUCAGAUGUUCACCUUAUGAUUGAUAACUCUGCUCGCUAUUAUAGCACUUCUGCGGAGGUUCAAACUGAUGCUCGUCGCUUACAAGCCCUAUUUGAAUCGCGGAUGUCCCUUAUGUUUCCCGAGGUUGACUUCUCUUCUGCACGAGUAAGAAGUUAUGCACCUGUACAACCCUCACAGGCUCCUCCAGUAAUUGGAUUACGGAGUAUACCACAGGCUUCCGUUGUAAGUGGUCCUCGAAGUAAAAUAAAUGCCCCCGUAGUAACUGGACCACGAGGUGUUCGAAGACCUCCUGCCUCUGUUAUUGCUGAACCAGCACACGUUGAGACUCCUAACCCUCGGAGUUCCACAAGGAUAUCAUUGGUUCGACAUGCAGCCUUAUCACUAGAGGAGGCUCCUGUUACGAAACAGGAGGGCAAGAUGAGCAAGAAAGCAGGACAGGAAAAGUCGAAGGACAAGAAGGCGAAAUUGAAGAGUAAAGUCAGGAGUAGUGUGAAGGAUAAAGAGUUAAUAGAAGACGAGGUGGAGUCGGAUGAAGGGAUCAUGCAUCCUGUGGAUCUUGUAAUACACAAGAAGAAACGUAAAGGUAGGGAACACACAGGAAGUAGGACGGUUAGCUCACUGUUAGUGAUAAAUGCUGAGGACACGAGGGACACUACUGCUCGAGGUUUUAAUGUUGGCCCGUCUUGGAAUACCAGGGCUCCCCUGCCAGUAGCCCCAAGGUCACGGGUACCGACUGUCUCUCCUGGAAGUAGCAGACGAAGUGCAUUACAACCGAACACCAAGGUGGGGGCUGUAACUGUAUUGAAAAAAUCAAGGACUGAUGGUGGAAAACGACGGCCAAGCCACCUCUAAAAUUUCCCUCUUUCAGUGUUUUUGCAACACGUCGUAUAACAAUUCUUGUUUCAUUUCGUUUAGAGAAAGUUUUCUUUCGAAGAUUUACAACUGUAAACCACCAUUUUUGUGGUCAAUUACUCGUCUGAUUUUUGUAUUCUCUAAAUCAAUUCUUCUGUAGCAUGAAGAUUCUGCUGUCGUCAA